AUGAACAAUCAAUUGGUGUUUUGUAAGUCUAAAGUUUGCAUCCAUCCAUCAACAAAUGCAUCUAAUAACAUAGCGGGUUAUUUAUUAAUUACUAAACAGAAUAACGUGGGUAACGUCGAUCCAAUGCUGCAAUACGUUACAGAGGAUGGAUUGGAUUCAAAGCACAGAAUAUGGUUAGAUGAGGCCGAGAUGAAGUUGUCAAACGGUUUCACAAAAGAUGUUAGGAUGCCUCAAGAUUUAUUAUUUUCUGCUAUUUCGAUGCCAUAUUCAUUUGCUGUUAAAUUGAACUCCUUAUAUUCGAUUCAGCUCAGACUUCCCAGUCCAAACAAAUGGUGGUUUGGAUCGGUGAUUCUUCAUUCAAAAUCUCCACAGGAAGAUGAGACUUUGCCUAUAUUAUUCUUUCACGAUGAUGUAUGUCGUAGUACUAUUGCAAAACAAAAAAAACUGAACAAGUCGUUUGAUCCUUUCAAUUCAACAGGUGAAAUAUAUUGGGGUGGUAGUGAUUUGAAAGAUGCCAUUUCAAAAUAUGUCGAUUUGCAACAAACAAUUAUCGAGCCAACAAUAUGGCUAGUAAAUGCUACGUUAGAUGACCUAAGAAACUUUUCCACUAACGUAUCACUAUUAGAAGCACAGGGAAAAUCCAACGUUUCAGCAAACGAUGGAGACGAUAAGUCCACAUUUUGGGAUAAAAUGGAUUCGACAAAAUGGAAUGUAAUGUCAAGAAUAGCAGAUGCAACUUCAGCGACUGGAUCAUUUGUAUCAUCAAUGAUAAGAAAACACCCCAUUGUUCAACUGGCAGAACGAAACAAAAACAAUGUCUACGUUAAGAAGCUAUUAAACAAUCCAAGAGUAAAAGAAAUACAAGACGAUUACGAUUCUGCAACUAUAUAUUUGGCUAAAUGGGCACAAGGUGUCAAGGAACAAUCAGAUAAAUUCAAUCUACUGAAUGAAACCAGUGAAUCCUAUAGAAAAAUCUUGAAUAAUGAAUUAGGGAUGGGAAAUGGAGAUAACGAUAUUAGUUUCAGUGAUUUCGAACUAAAUAAAGCAUUGGAGAGAAGUUUCCCACUAACACAACAAAAAUGGAAUUCCUUCUUCGAUUCUCAAGGAAGAAUUAAUAUUACAAUUAAUGAAAUCAAAGAUUUCAUAUUUCAUGGUGGUAUUGAAUCAAUAGAGUUAAGAAAGACGGUUUGGCUUUAUUUAUUGGGAGUAUAUCCUUGGGAUUCUUCAUAUGACGAAAAAUUGCAAAUUGAACAAACUCUUAGGAACAUAUACAAUACAGAAUAUAAAUCCAAAUGGCUGAAUAGGGUACCAAACUCUGAUCCGGAAGAGGAGGAAUAUUGGCAUGAUCAAAUAUUCAGAAUUGAGAAAGAUGUAAGAAGAAACGAUCGCAAUAUUGAUAUAUAUAAAUAUAACACCCCUGAUGGGAAAAAUCCUCCUCAGAAUGAGACAGCAGAUAAUGAAAUGGAUGAAGAUGAAAAUACAAAUUUAAGCGAUUCAACAAAUUCUGACAGUAAAUCUGAGAUUUUGAAUCCUCAUUUACUAGCAUUGAAAAAUAUAUUGAUCAGUUAUAAUGUUCUGAAUACAAAUUUAGGAUAUGUUCAAGGUAUGACUGAUUUAUUAUCAAUCAUAUAUUAUAUCGUCAGAGAUGAAGAACUGGCAUUUUGGUGUUUCGUAAAUUUUAUGGAGAGAAUGGAAAGAAACUUUUUAAGGGAUCAAUCUGGUAUCAGAGAUCAAAUGUAUACCUUGGCAGAAUUAUGCCAAAUUAUGUUACCUCAGUUAAGUAAACAUUUAUCUGAUUGUGAUUCCUCAAAUUUAUUUUUCUGUUUUAGGAUGAUCUUGGUAUGGUUCAAAAGAGAAUUCGAUUUAGAAUCCGUUUGUUCAAUAUGGGAAAUAUUAUUGACAGACUACUAUUCUUCUCAAUUCCAGCUGUUUUUUAUGCUGGCAAUCCUUCAAAAAAAUAAUGAUACAGUAGUUCAAAACUUAACUCAGUUUGAUCAAGUUUUAAAAUUUUUUAAUGAUAUUAAUGGUACACUAGACUGGUCAGAUUUAAUGACAAGAAGUGAAUUGCUGUUUAUUAGAUUUAAAAAGAUGAUGGAUCUUAUGGAAAGAAAUAAAGAAUUACAAGAUGAUAAAUUGCUACCUAUGUAUACAAAUGAAGAUGCCAAUGAAAGUAAUAGUGAACUAAAGAAGUCUGAUUACCAUUUACAAUUAUUGUUAUCAAAACAGAUUGUUAUUCAAAGAGAAGAAGAAAGGACCAAGGAUUCCAUUAAAUAA